UGGCUCUUUGAUGAGGUACUUGACAGGUCGUCAUUUUGAGUUAUGGCCAGCUGCCCUCCUGUUUUCCGAGCAGCCGCAUUGCUCCUGAUUCUCUGAAGACACAUUGCACAGCCCUUCAAAUAACACUGUUUGUGUGUGUGUGUGUGUGUGGACAAAAUUCAAGGUUUGUCUACGAUGGAGGCUACGGCCAAGUUUGACUUUGAAGCUAAAGCGGAGGAUGACCUGAGCUUCAAAAGAGGAGACUGUUUGAAAAUUCUGCAAACAUCUGGGAACUGGUACAGAGCAGAGCACAACGGAGCUAUGGGCUUUGUCCCAAAAAACUAUAUCGACAUUCACAUCCCCAGCUGGUAUCAGGAAAACACCAGUCGCACUGACGCCCAGGAGAUACUGAUGUCACAGCCCGUGGGGGCCUUUCUCAUACGAAGCAGCCGAAAACCAGCUCCAGGCGACUUCUCCAUCUCUGUCAGACAUCCAGCAGAUGUUCAGCACUUCAGGGUGAUGCGUGACAGCAGAGGGCAGUACUACCUGUGGUCAGAAAAGUUUCCCUCACUCAAUCAGCUGGUGGAAUACUAUAAAAAAAAAUCCAUCUCCAAACAGAGUCUACUAUUGCUCAAAGAGACGCAAAAAGAGGAAAGAGGAGACUCAAAUAAGCUUCUACCUCCUCAUCCUAUUUUUCCACGUUCUGACCGUGCGCCUUCUCCAGCACCACGACAGCGCAAAACCUCCCACACAACGCAGGUCAGAGCCCUUUACGAUUUCAAGGCAGAAGAGGCGGACGAGCUGGAGUUCAGUGCAGGGGAUAUCAUUGAGGUUUUGGAGGUCUCUGACCAGACCUGGUGGAAAGGUCAGUUAAGGGGCAAAAAAGGCCUUUUCCCCUCCAACUACACCAAACCCAUCUGAGAGGACGGCCCACAGGCAAACAUCUGUAAAACUACUGCAACUUUUUUAGUCAAACAUCUAAUGCUGGUUUUGUUUGUGUUUUUGAGAUUAAAUUUCAAACUUAGAGCAACUCAAAACUGCUAGCAGGAAAAGGCUCACCAAUACACCAAGCAUGCGAGACUUUAAUUUUCAUCAUGUCAAGGAUAGCGUUCAUGUUUGUCAUUGACAAGACAUAAAAAGCCCAAGUCAAGAUAAAAACAUGUUUUUUUCUGUUUUUUAAUGAAAAAGUAUUUCAUGUAUACCUAAUGCUAUUAUUUCUGAGAGAAAUCAUCCAUUUACAAAUGCAUUUUACGCAUGAUAAGUGUCACCGCAUGAAUGCUACUCUGUAAACUUUUUUUUGUCAGCCUUAUGAUUAAGUUUGUUGUACUUUUUGAUCACAUCGUGGUGUUGGAUUCCUAACAAGGCCCACGUUUUAGUACUGUAAUUUAUGAACUUUUGAAGUUGUUGCUGAUUGCUCAGACUCCACACAACAAAAAGGUAUUGUGCAGACAUAUCAUAAGUAAACCAUCCAGAGGGUUCAGUCAUGUGUGUGUCCAUGUCUGAAAAGUAAUAAAAGCAUUUUAGGACACUCUGAAGUCUAAAAGUAAAAGUUAUUGUGUGUCAUGUCCCAUAUACUAAUAAUAAAGCAGAUCUAUAUUCCAGUAUUUCAGUAUUCGGUUGUGACCAGAGUAUUUUAAGAACAACACAAAUGUGUUUUAGACAUUCUCAAAAUAGACCCUAGAAGUUGUUUCACUUUAUUUAGGGCAUAUGACACUGCUUAUCUUGUUUGGCCCACAUAUAAAGUGCGUGUUUGUUCGGUUUAUUACCUGGGCUGACCUUAUCAAGGCUGCUAAGAAAGAAAAGAAAACUCCCAGUAGCUUCAGAGUACGUGUUUCUAUAGCUCUCGGGACAAACGUGUG